AUGGACCAGCUGCCUCAACGCGAUAUUGGUGACAGAACUUCCGUGGACUCACCAACUCGAUCCUCUCAUAAAACCAGUUCUUGCUCAAGUUUGUGUUCAACUACUGUGCUACCACUUGUCCCAUCUCCAAACCCAGUCAGUGAAUGGAAACCAUUCCUUGUUUUCAUUAACCCACAAUCUGGCGGGAAUCAAGGGUACUCCUUACUUCACAAAUUUCGGUGCGCACUCAAUCAACGCCAGGUUUUCGACCUAUCCCAGAACGGACCAAAAACGGGUCUUCAGCUGUACAAUGGUGUUCCUAACCUGCGUAUUUUGGCAUGUGGAGGCGAUGGAACUGUCAGCUGGGUGCUUUCAACCAUCGAAGAACUGAACAUGGCACCUGCUCCACCAGUAGCCGUACUCCCUCUCGGCACUGGGAAUGACCUCUCACGCACAUUGGGCUGGGGUUCGAGAUAUACGGGUGAACCAAUAUCCAAGGUAUUACGGAACAUUGAAUUCGGGGAAGUAGUGCAGUUGGAUCGAUGGAAAGUGGAAUUUGAGUCCCAGGCAGGUAUUACGACUACUUUUCACGAAGCGGAUGACAUGAGUGUCCAAAUGCCCGUCAUUUCUGCACUACCAGUUAAAGUAUUUAACAACUACUUCUCACUCGGGGCUGACGCAGCAGCUACUUUGGGUUUCCACGAGUCUCGAGAAAAGAACCCAGAACGUUUUAAUAGCCGAUUGCAAAACAAGAUGGCCUAUGCGAGAUAUGGAGGAAAGGAUAUUCUACUUCGAAGUUGGAAGAAUCUCUCGGAAUACAUCACUUUACACUGUGACGGAAACGAUUUUACCCCACUGAUCCGCAGCUUGAAGCCACAUGUGCUACUGUUUCUUAACAUUCCCAAAUACAGUUCAGGAACCCUGCCAUGGGGAACGGCUCCUCCAGAUCCCGGAUUUGAACCGGCGCGCAUUGAUGAUGGAUUGUUAGAAGUUAUAGGAUUGUCAUCGGCAGCACUGGCAUUAAUCCAAGUUGGUGGUCAUGGAGAUCGCAUUUGUCAGUGUCGCACAGCAACAUUAACCACAAGCAAAAAUGUUCCUGUUCAACUCGACGGCGAACCAUAUCGGUUGCUGCCAUCCAGAAUCGAAAUUCGGCACUCCCAUCGCGCCUCCGUUGUGCGGAAAUGCGGAGGACAAAUAAUCAGCUUUCCCAAUACACGAGUGAAUCUCGUUUUGAAAAACAACAAAUCCCAGUCCGUGCUCAUCUGCGAUAGGUCUCAGGGAAAGUAUGCAUCUGCUGUGGGAAAGCCAGUAACCUUUCGUCAAGCUGGCUAA